AUUAUUCAAGUGAAAAUAAAAUGAAUUCCGAGAAACGUAAAUUGGAUUUGUACUUACUAUUGUGUCAGAGUGCCUACGCACUGAUUGUGGCAUUGUUGCGGGCUGCCCAGAACGGCAGUCCGUACAUACAGGCUGCCAUCAAGCAGAAAAUGUUUCAGCUGGCCGAAACUUUGCGGCUCUAUCUGAGGGAGCAAUCGUUCCUGCCGGAACCACGAACGACCCCGAUGACCCCCGGCCGAACGCUGGGGGCAUCCCGAAGCAUUCGGGACAUGAGUGCAGCUUUCAACAGAUCACGGUUCGGACAGGGCGCUCACAGUUCGGCGCAGUUUCCGUCGCCGGCAGCGGCCAUUAGACCACAGAUGAAGUCGCUUUUCGAACCGUCCGUUUCUACACAUCGACCACAUCGAAUGCAGUUCAAUCAGCAACGAAUCGAGACCCCGCAAACGUUGGGGCGGUUGCACUUCACUCUUCAACCACCUUCAGGCCACGGAGGGGAAAGUUUUUUCUCGCACCCAAGCCAGGCUCCACAAUCUUCUCAUUUCCACAGUUCCAUCGUCGAUCCACCAUCUCCGUACAAUCCUGAAGAAAGCCUCAUUAGACUCGAGGGCAAAAUUCCGAAAACUUCCGAUGACACCCCGCAAUCUUCGGGACGAUGGCGUCAGCCAUCCAGUCAACGUUUUCCAGUUCUACAUCGGCUGCUCGAAGUCCUAUCGGAAACAGACGACAAAACGCUCUACUCUCAGCAUACUGUGCCGGUUCUUGACGACCCGAGCUACCGAGAUCAUUUGAUGCAGGAAAUUGACGAGGUCAUCGGAUUAACCGCCGAUAACAUGUCCGGUUGGGGAAACGAAACGCUGAAUGAACGGCUCGGUCGGAUUGAGGUUAACGUGGAGACCAUGCUGGAACAAUUUAACCGCUUGGAGAAGCGUACGGAUCCGGUACUGUCAAAAGAACAACAACCCGUUGAGGAGAGUGAUAAAAUUGGUACAAAUUCACCCAGUUCUAAAAUCGAUGAAUGAAAUUGAAUUGAAUAUUU